AUGUCAUCAGACAAACAUUCGACGAACUCCUCAUCAGUACAUCUCUCAUUCCCUCUCGGGUCUUGCCAGCGUUACUACCUUCUAUCCCGCCUUUAUCCUCAUCCCAAAAUGCUCAAGAUAUCAGUAACCUACCUCUGCACUGGCUACACUCCCAAGGACUACCCUACACCAGUACACUACAGGCUCUGGGGAACCCUUAGCCGUUCAAAAGCAAUAAACUGUCCAACAUUAGCCCUACAGCUCACAGGCGGUAAGAAAGUACAACAGGUGUUGACAAAGGAAGGUGCACUCAGAAAUUCCUCCAGCCCUCUCCUUCCUCUCCAAGGAAGUUUGGACCCGAGAAGUUUACGAACGAAGAUCUGGCACUCCUUCGUUCCUCCUGGGUCCAAAUGUUCUGCCUCUCCGAACCUCCUUCUAUUUCUCCUUCCUUCUCUCAACCAGACGGGAUUCCCCACGCAAAGCAAAAAUACCAACGCCUCGUACUCAAACCGCAACAUGAAGGCACCAGGAACAACGUCUACCACUCUUCCAUCCUCUUAUUUUUAG